GUAGAUUGCAGCGACAUAGUGGUGACAGUUCGAAGUAAAAAGUUAAUGCCUUUACGUCAUUGUCAAUUUUGAAGGGGAUUUUGAGAUUUUCGCGUCUAUCUACGGAUUUUCGUCAAAUAUUUUAGUUUUUAUCAUCUGUUUGACCUUUGUUUUUUAUUAUUGCGAAUAGUGUUUUUGGAGAAAGGACUCAAGUGUGUUAAGUGGUGUGGAUAUUCGUGUAAACGAUUUAAGUUACAGUGAAGUGUUUUUCGAGGCAGGACUCUAGUGUUUGUUAUCAAUUUCAACAGUAUUCGGAAAGUACAUUAAGAAUUCAAGGUGUGUUGUGGGUUAUAUGCCGUAAGGAAAUCAUUUUGCUGUGCUACAAGCUACAAUUCCUCAAUUGGAAAUUCAGAUGAGCCUAUAAUGCCUGAAAAUUUUCUCAAUAAUACUUGCUCAUUUCAGAUAUUUUAGAACUGAUGGAAAUGGCUGGCUUUUGGUUGAGCAUGGUGGACUACAUGAAGUAUGUGGGAGGAAAUAAUAAUUCCAGAGUAGUCCAAGAAGGAGAGGAGGUUCUCAAUGCAGGACAUUUAAUUUUAUUUGGCAAAACAGAAGAAUCGAAGGCCCAUAUUGGCAUUAUUGGAUUGUGCUGCCAAUCCAGUGCCUUGUACUCAGAACCUCAUACAAUAACGGGUACAUUGUCCAUUGAAAGUAAUAAGGUUGGAAUAUUGACAAUGAAGUGCACCUGCAAGGCUGGAUUGGGUGGUGCCUGCAAACAUGUAUCAGCCGUUCUGAUACAGUGUACAAGGUGUAUACAUAACUAAUUAUCAAGGCGUAAUCGUGCCCAUUUUGAUUGAACACUGUUUAGUGGCCCAAACUUACGUAUUGUUUCUUUUUUCUGUUGUUUUGUUUUGUUCCAGGGUUAAUUUGAGCCAGUUGGAAACUGUAAGCCCAACUGAUUUGAAGUGCAAAUGGUCAGUGAGUAAGGGUGAGGUGCAGAAAAAGUACGAGGCGACUCCGUUAUUCCAAAUGCCUUGCUUUAAAAAUAGAAUGCCUAAUCUUGAAAAGUUGGAAGAAUCUUUGUGCAAGAUACCUGAUGACGAAGUCUUAGGCGAAAUCGCUGCACUUCUUCCUGAAUGUGCUAUCAACAAAUUCAGAGUUGGGCGAUCGAGAAUUUAUGAUGAACCUAGGGAGGAGGAGUCCAAUCUGGAAGCGUUCACUAUGAUUCUGGAUAAUUCAUGCCAGUCCGUUGUAUUGAUGAAAGUUGAUGGUCAUAACGUAACUUUUCCCAGCCAAUGUUGUAGAAAAUUAUAUUCUACAAUAUUGAAUGAGGAGCCUGACGAAGUUAUAAGAAUACCGCAAAAUUGUUCAACCUGGCAUGAAUUGAGGAGAUUCAGGGUUACCGGGUCCAGGUGCUAUGAACUAUUCACGUACAAUGGACCAAAUUGGAAUACUAAGGCUGAAAAAUAUUUUUGGCCAAAAUCCUUUACAAAUAAAUUCACUAAGCAUGGAUUGGAAUAUGAGGAUGAGGCAAGGAGAGCUUUCAUUGAUGCCACUGGAUGUAACGUGGUACAGUGUGGAAUGGUGGUAUCACAUUCCAACAAAUGGAUGGGAUAUUCUCCAGAUGGCAUCAUAUUUGAGAAUGGUCACCCGGCUGCCCUAUUGGAAAUUAAAUGUCCAUGGAAUGGAGCCAAGCAAACCAUCACGGAAGUCGUCAGGACCUGUGAUUAUAUUUCAGAUCAGUCGUUGAAGAGGAAACAUAAAUUCUAUGGACAGAUUCAAAUGGGAAUGGCCAUGCUCAACCUCAAAAAAUGCUUUCUGGUAUUAUAUGCGGCUUUUGAUAGGUCUAUUCUGAUUCUAGAGGAAGAAUAUGAUGAAGAGUUUGCUGAAAAUAUGAUAAUAAGAAUUAAAAAAAAAUAUUUCGAAAAUAUGAUACAUAUUAUUUGUGAUAAAGAUGAUAAAUAAAGAUUUAAAAUUUUAUAAAGAUCUUUAAUUAUGAUUUAUGAAUGCUGGUUCCUGAUUGUAGUUACCGCAUGAUUGGACUACUACUUUACCUUACUGAGCAGUGAUGUAGCUUGCCUUAGGGGGGCCCUGUAUCAAAAAGUGUUGAGGAGCCCUAGGAAAGGGCGAAGUAAAAAUAAAAGUAGCAAAAAAUGUUCGAUUAGUAUCGAAAUGAUUAUAUGUACUUAUAAUUGAAAGUUCUAACUCAUACUUAGUGCUGGGAGCG